CAUGGAUGACAAUAGAUUUUUAAUUGUGGAGUUCUCUGAUGGCCUCCAAAUUAUACUUUCAAGAUGGCUCAAUACUACUAAACAAACAUGUAUUUGGCCUAACCACUUUAAAACACAACGUCGAAUUAAUACAGCUAUAAUAACUGGAGAACUGCCAAAAGAACAAGAUGAUUGGGAAGAGUUGCCAAUAAAAAGAAUUUUUNGAAGCGCAGAUACCUAUGAAAAGAGUAUAGAAAAGUUAAUAUUAGCACAAGAUACAUCCAAUGUGGAUGAUACCGGUAUGUCUUCUAGUGAAAUAAGAGAACGGAACAAGAAAAGAAGACGCACAAAAGCAAAACGGAAAUUUUCCUCUUGCUCCUCCUCUUCAGAGAACGAAGAAGUAAUUGGAAAUAAAGAAAAUUGUCCAAUACAAAAUAAAAAAGUUCUUCCUUUUCCGAAACUGGAUAAAUUUGUUUCUAGCAGCACAUCAUUAAAAGAGAAUAAACAACGCUCGCAAUAUUAA